AUGGAAGCUGUUAGGACUGUUCGCCGAAGCAAGAGCGUGCGUACAAUCCAGAACAAUGACUUAUCUGAGGAUGAGCUCAGCCAACCGUCAAUCCACGAAGCCCCUGAAAAGCCAAUUGAGCCAUCUCAGGAGGCUAACACGCUAAUAACCACGAACCUUGAAGACAGUACCUGGGCUAACAAUCAGCUAACUGCUGGAAAUCGCGGAACAAGGUCUAGAUACAUCUCUUUGCGCUCAAGGGCAGCUUCCAUAUCCUACUGCAGCCAACACCCUAGGAGAGUCAAUAACAACAAGGAAUCUGUAAUUAGUGCCAUGCAAACCGCCAUGACACCUAGGGCGCAGCAUAUUGUAUUGGGGGACUUCAACCAACAUCAUCCGCUAUGGGCGGGCACGCGAUAUCGACACGUUAAUAAGGAGGCCACUGAACUGAUUAAUCUUAUGGAUGAGCAUGGGCUUGAGCAGCUCCUACCACCAGGCACGAUCAUGUAUGAGAGGGUUAAUACCAAAUCUACAAUCAAUCUAGUGUGGGCGUCAUACGAUCUAGCCAACUGGGUAGUGAACUGCAACACCAAGCCAGAGGAGCUCAAUGAUAAUAAGGCGAUCAAUGAGGCGCGAUCAGCAUGGCAGGACUACGCAGAGGUUAGGAAAGAGAUGAAAGGGCGCACCAAUGAGCUCGCACGAGAUUUACAUCGCCAACGAAUUGAGCAGGCAACAGAGUCAAUAGAUGGUUUCUGGAGGAUUGCCCGUUGGGUCCGCAAUCGGGGCAAGCCACGUGCCACGUUUACUCCAACGCUACACUAUAAUAACACGAAUUACACAGCCCCAAAGGAGAAAACGCAAAUAACAACACAAGUCGGUACCGAACUCGUCAUCCGCCUCAAAUGGGGCCAGACAGAAUACCGCGGCACACUCGAGAGUAUCGAUUCGUAUAUGAACGUCCUGCUCCGGGAUACAGAGGAAUACAUUGAUGGGAAGAAUACGGGUAGUUUGGGAUUGGUGUUGAUAAGAUGUAACAAUAUUUUCUCGAUGGCUAGUGCGGAAGGCGUCGAAAUGACGGAUUUGGGGUUAAAGUGAUUUGAUUUAUCAUGUGGUGCUUGAUGGGAAUUUCAGUUUCUUUGUUAUGUUUUCUGGUCCUCGAGUUGUUCUUAAGCGAUAUCUCGGCUAUCGAAACGUGAUGCCGGCUAGUUAUCGAAGUGAAAGAUACAGCAAAUGCGAACCUAUGUAUGCCUCGUCAUUAUUUUGGUCUAU